GACUUCCAUUGCCUGGGCAAAAUUAUCUUUUUUCAUAGAAAAAGAAGAUAAGGAGCCUCCCCCUCAAGAACACCAGAGAAAUCAAAGUGACAUACUUGCCAUGGAAAUUGUUGGUGCAGUGGUUAGCAUGAUGCAGUGUUUUUGUGGAGAGAACUGUUCUCGUCAAUCCGUUUCUGAAACAUGUACAUACCUGAGAAGGCCUCGUGCAUUAGCAAAUAGACUUAAUGAAAAGAUGGAAUUGCUUAAAGCUCGGGAGGAGGAUAUAAAAAGGAAGUUACAUGUGGAAAAUGUAAGGCGUGGUAUGGAGCCAAAGGCUGAGGUAAACAUGUGGCUUAUCAAUGUAAGAAAGAUUACAACUUCACAAGUAGUAUUACCAGCAUGCAAGAGAAACUUACUGUAGACAAGAGGUGUUUAAACAGAUGUUUGCCAAAUUAUAUGUCUCGAUUUAAGCAGGGGAAACACAUCAAUAAGAAAAUUAAAGAAGUUGACAGGCUCCUGGGACAGAGCUUAUUUCCAGAUGCUUUGUUGGUUGAUAUGAUGCCUCGGAGGGGAAAGAUAUUGCCAGCAUCCUCAUUAGUAGGAGAAUCUGCUCAAAGAAGUUUGGAGACUGUAUGGGAGUAUUUGAAUGAUGAACACUCUGGGAUAAUUGGUAUUUAUGGAAUGGGGGGUGUGGGUAAGACAUCCAUCCUCGUAGAAAUCAAUAAUCGUAUUUUGAGAGAGAGCACAAUUUUUGAUAAUGUCAUUUGGGUCACAGCAUCCAACGAUUCAAAUGUCCAGAAAUUGCAGAAGGAUAUUGCUAGAGCAAUAGGUUUAUCUUUUGACGAUGAAGAUGAUGAAAUGACAAGAGCAGCUCAAUUACUUGAAGCGUUGAUGCGAAGAAGUAGAUUUGUUUUAAUUAUAGAUGAUUUGUGGGAAGCAUUUCCUUUGGAGGUUAUAGGAAUCCCAUACCCAUAUUAUGGAUAUGACUGCAAGUUGAUAAUAACUACUAGAUCCAUGAUAGUUUGUCGUGGCAUGGAAUCAGUGAGGGAAGUUGAAGUUAGUGUUCUUUCAGAGGAAGAAGCAUGGAACCUCUUUAAACAAAAGGUCGGUGAGGAGGUGCUAGCAUCUCCAACAUUACAAGCUGUUGCCAAGGAUGUGUCGAAGGAGUGUGGAGGUCUCCCACUAGCUGUUGUAACAGUUGGUCGGGCUUUAAGAAGAGAAAAUGAUCUGAGGCAAUGGAAAAAUGCAUUAAGCCAGCUGAAAAGUGCAACGGGAAGAAUAGAAGGCAUGGAGAAUCGAGUCUUUGCACGUCUGAGAUUUAGCUAUGAAAGACUGAAGGACAAUGUGACUCGUUCAUGUUUUCUUUAUUGCACAUUGUACCCAGAGGAUCAUCAUAUCGAGACCGAAGAACUGAUUAAGUACUGGACAUGGGAAGGCCUGUUGGAUAAUCUUGGGUACGGAGAAUCCAAGAUGCUGCAGGGAAAGAUGAUAUUAGAUGAACUGAAACAUGCGUGCCUUCUAGAGAUCAUUGGAUGUCAAGAAGGUAGUUUGAAUGAAUAUGUCAAGAUGCAUGACCUCAUUAGGGAUAUGGCAAUAGCUGUUACAAGAGAGAGCCCACUCUUUAUGAUCCGAGCAGGACAUGAGAUGCGUGUCCCACCAGUUGAGAGUGAAUGGCUCAUAGGGCUUGAAAGAAUCUCGUUAAUGAGAAAUGAUUUGAACUCUUUGAAUUUGGAACCGAGAUGUCCUCAGUUAACCACCUUGCUAUUGCAGUAUAAUUCACUGACCAAGGGAGUACAUCCUUCUUUCUUUAACCAUCUAAAAAGUCUCAAAGUUCUGGACUUAUCUUACACGGGCAUCUCUGGGUUGCCUGAUUCACUUUCUAAUCUCGAAAACCUUCAUGCUUUGCUUCUACGAAGUUGUUGGAACUUGCAUCACGUGCCAACAAUGGAAAGGCUAAAGGAGCUGAGGGUUUUAGAUCUCUCUUCUACAUCGAUUGAGUGUGCGCCCCCGGGGAUGGAAAUGUUACUCAAUUUGAAGCAUCUGGAUCUCUCCCACACUACACUUCAUGAAUUUGAUAUUCAAAUUUUAGGAACAUACAGAUUUCUGGAGAGUCUCUUAACUAUUGGUCUAUGGCAACCUCUAAUGCUCGGUCCAGAUUUUGUUGAUGUUGUGAAACGCUGCACCAUCUUGACAACCCUUGAAGCCAAUUUCAGCAACUUGCAGGACUUCAACUAUUAUGCCUCAUCAGAUCACUGGAACACACUUGAGAGUUUCAAAUUUUGUGUAGGCUAUCCCCAAUCCUCUAAACUACCCGGAAAAAAUAGCGUAGGAUUCUUUGGGACUCACAUUGUUGAAACAGAAGCCUCUUCUUGGUUGCCAGGUAUACUUGAGUUGGUCAUUCAUGAAUGUUCUGGAAUCACUCACUUACCUAUGUUUAUUGUGAACGCUUCCUCCGACCUGAAACGUUGCAAAAUAAAGUACUGUGAUGAGAUGGAGUGGAUUAUAACUCCCGAGUGGGGCACAUUUCCUAAUUUAGAGUUGCUAGAGAUUGAGGGCCUGAGCAGACUGCAGAAUAUAUGUAAGGGGAUUCCACCAACAGGCACUCUUUCAAACCUUAAGGUGUUGAAUGUUAUUGCUUGUGAUAAUCUCAUGACUCUGUUACCACUUGAGUUAGUGCAGCAUCUCAAAAACCUCGAAGAGCUCGAGUUGGAACACUGUUCGAUGCUGGAGGAGAUCAUAGUCACUGAAGCGGAAAAUGAAGAGAUCAUUCAAGAGAACAACGGUGAAGUGGUCCUCCCAAGUUUGCAAAAAUUAAGAUUAGUUUCUAUACCAAGACUGAGAAGCAUAUGCAGAGGUCCAAUGAUUUGUGAUUCGUUAACGACUAUAGAAGUCGUAGAUUGUCCAGAGCUGGAAAUACUUCCCUUCUUUUUGGAAACAAGGCAGCAACUAGCUGACUUUCUCAAACAGAUAAAAGGAAGCAGAAGUUGGUGGUGGAGGUUAAAGAGGAAGCAUCCUACCGCGACAUCCCUUCUUGCUCCACUCCUUAGACCCGAAAGGGAGUAUUCUUUUGCUGCUGAUGAACAUAGUUACAUUCUCAGCUCUGGAAAUUCUUCUUUGGGCCACGAUAACAUUCUUACAGUGGAAGUGGAGGUCGGGCUCAUAUUGAAAAUCCUGUAUCCCAUUUGUCUUUGCUGUAUAGUGGCUGCUUCGCGGAUAAGAACAUGAAGUAUAACAAAGUUCGAGUGUUGGAGUGCUAAAAAUUAUCUAGUCUGUGAAAGUAUCAGCAAAGAUUCUUGCUGGGGAAUGCUAUAUGAAACUGUCAUAUGAAAUCACUAUAGAAGUUUGGCAUAUUAAGUAACAAAUAAAGAGAGAUUUGAGGUUCCAUAUGACGUCUCAAACGCUAGAAAAGCUGUCCAUGAAAACGGGAUUAAUGUGUGAUGAAGCUUCGUUUAUGUUUGAACAUCCUGAAAUGCUCUUUUGUAUCCCAUUCAAAUACUUCUUUUUAGCUUACACAAAACCAUAGUUUGUUUGUUGUAUGCACAGUUCUGAUGAAUCAGUCCGAAUUAAUAGACUUCAUUUUCAUGUAUAUUUCAAUUAUCAUUUCAGGAGAAAAAUCAGUAAAAAUACCUUUUCUCUAUGUCCACACCUUCUUCGGAUGCCAGUGUCUCAAUGUGGUUCUUGACACGAUCAGCUCCAGUUUGGUUUGGCUCCAGUGGAAUGCAAGCAGUCUUGAUUGAGUCCUCACCAUGAAAGUUGAGACAGGCCUAGAGUUUGCACAUCGGGUAGGUCCCCUCCUGGGGCAGUACUUGGUUAACCAUGUAAUGUUGUACGUGGUUAACCAAGGUAGAGCUUCAAUCAUCACUAUAUCUAUGGCUCAAGAGACCACUUCUAGACCUUCAUCAGGUUUCACUGGAACAUGCUCUGGUUGGGCCUAUCCUGCCCACUGGAUGCCCCUGAAAUUGGGGCAGUAUUUGCCCAGCUCCCGCCUGAUUGUCUCCCGAGCCUUACUGGUCGGGGGAGCUGCAGCAUAUAGAUAAAAAGGUACUGUUUUCAUUUACAUUGUUGUGCUUAUCAUUUGUAAGAAAUCAAUGUCAUAUUGAGUAGUAGCAAAUUUUUCCGUCCUGUUUUCAGUUUCAGCUGCAACUUUUUGCUUGUUUUUUUUUUACGUAGUCAAGUCAGAUUCAUCAAGUUUAAGCCUGCACCAGUGAAUGAAUGACAAUGUUGUCUUUGACACCAAGGCGAGGAUGAGCACCAUCAUGCUGCUGAUCAUGAGAAACAUAUUUAUGUAAUCGUCGUGAUCCUGAAAUAUGUUCACAAUGAUAUUGAAUUUUGCAGUUCGUGUGAUUCAGAUAAUGUAGAUUUUGCACCAUAGCAACAAUUAUAUUGAUUGUAGUACAAUGUUCUUUUUGUCCUUGAUCCUAUGAUCGAUACAGGAUAUAGACUA